AUGAGGACGGCAGCAGUCCUUGCAAUCCUCGCCGGCCGAGCUACCGUCGUGACCGCGCAGGAUACACCGACUAUCAAGACCACCAACGGUACACUGCAAGGGGCCAGAUGCCCUUCCAAUAAUGUGAACGCGUUCCUGGGCAUCCCCUACGCCCAGCCUCCUGUGGGCGACCUGCGUUUCGCUCCACCUCAGUUAUGGAACGAGACCUACGAGAAUGUUCAGGCAACGGAGCCACCACCUGCUUGUAUGCAAUUCAAUGUGGCCUUUUCUGAUCCAGGGCCACAGUCAGAAGACUGCCUCUUCAUCAAUGUCUGGGCUCCGGCCGACGCCACGCCAGACUCGAAAUUGCCAGUGAAGGUUGAGAAAGUGAUCCAGGUGUCCAUUGCUUACCGUGUCGGCCCUUUCGGCUUCCUCGCACUAGACAGCCUUGGGCUUCAAGGUAAUCAGGGUAUCCAGGACCAGCUCCUUGGACUGCAGUGGGUCCAGGAGAACAUUGGAGCGUUUGGUGGGGACUCGAAGAAGGUGCUGUUGUUUGGGCAGUCAGCAGGUGCCGCCGACACGUUCAUCAUUAGCAGUCUACCGCAAGCCCCUUCACUUAUCAGCGCCGCUAUCAUGCAGUCUGGGGCAGGCAGUCGGCUGUCGACCAAAUCCGAAGUUCAAAACGUGACAGAGACCUUCAUUAAAGCUUUGGGUUGUGGUCUGGACGAUGUGGCCUGUCUUCGCGCAAGUUCCUUCGCGGUCAUCAGGUCAUCCAGCGGCCCAGUCAGUGGAUCAUCAUUACCAACAAUAAUAGUCGACGGCACUGUUGUUCCCGCGCAGCCCCUCGAAGCAGGCCUCAAAGUUCCUGCCGUGGCAGGGUCUACCACGGACGAAGGCACCUUGUUCGUUCUCAGCCGAUACCAGACCAGCGUUCUGACACUUAACUCCACGGACUAUGAUGGUUUCCUGACAAACAGGUUCGGGUCGCAGGCGCAGAGGGUCAAUGAGACGUACCCGUUGUCGAAAUAUACCGGCACGCCUGGUGGCCCCGUUCUGGCAGCCAUGUCUGCUGUCAUGACACAUGCCCAGUUCAGAUGCCCAACGAGACGGUUCGUCCAGAAGGCAAGCCAAGACGGCGUGCCAGUCUGGACGUACUCUUUCAAUCACACCCUUACCUGCGCGUGGUACGGUUCCAUCCCAAGCUAUGCUCUUGGCCUACUGGCUUCGUCCCACACUGCCGAGAUCCCGUUUGUCUUCAACGGCACGAGUAACAUGCCGAAGCCGAACGGAACUUGCAGCCUGUCUGCCGGAGAAGUAGCCCUCGCGGCGAAGAUGCUGGGCGCCUGGGACAGCAUGGCGACAAACGCGAACCCGGGCAGCGAUUGGCCUCGAUACAAUUCAACCGGCUCGGCCGGGGUCAACGUAGUCGGCGAUGACUUUACAGUAGGAACCGUGGACUACAGCAUGUGCGACUUUUGGGAUGAAAUCCAAGCUGCCACAGCGAACGCAACAUCGAGCAGUGGCACAAACGGAACGAGUUCGGGCGCUGAGCCUACACAGACAUCGGCAGCAGCCUGGACAUGGUAUAAGGGUGGUCUGGGAUCAUUGGCCGUUGUUGUUGGAUUGAUCCUUGUGCCAUUGUGGGCACUGUAA